UAUAGAAUGGACACAACCUCAACUAAUAUCCCCAGCACUAAAUCUGUAGAUGAAGAUCCUUUGGACGCUUACAUGGCAGAAUUUCACAAAAAGCGAGAGUUGGAGCAGAGAACAAAAAAGCUCGUUUUGUUGUGA